GAAAGCCUUCUGUACUAGUAAAAGUCUCAACAUUCAGACAGACUGAAAAUGCUGAAUGUCAGGCUUCUAGUGUCUCUGCACUCAUCAGCAACUAGUAAUUUUUGUAGGACUCUGUGCAUAUUGCUAACAGUAUGUAGUAACAGUGAGAACAAACAAUACCUGAACUGAAAGAAAACAAGGGAAAAGAGAUAUCUGAUAUCCAGAGUUCCCUACUUGCUGCUCCCUGUCACUGUCACUCAAACUCAAACUCUAUGCAGAUUCAAUCUUGGCUAUCUGUUUUCUACCCUACUUCUUGUUGCUCAUGCCAAAUGAUGCUGCUGAUACAUUCAGACAGGCUUCUUGUUCCAGCAGUUUUUCUUAGUAGUAGAAAAGAAUGAAAAGAGCUUUGUGUCAGGCAGGUGUAGCACUUACUAAAAAUGCUUCAUGUCAGGUAUUUGCUGCAGUUAUUCUUCUCUAGGACAGCACAUGGAAAGUUGCAUGCUUCUAGUUACUCUGUACUACAGUACAUUAGUUGAAAACAAAAAAUACCUGAAUAAACAGAAGGAAAAGAGAUACUAUCUCAUCUUGCCAAUCAUCAGAUAGAUAUUCAGAGUUCCAUAUAUCCUUGCUGCCUGCACUCACCUGAAAUGCCUAAUACUAUUAGGGUACGACUGCAACUCAAGUUUAUUCUUUGCUGCUCCCUCUCACUGAAACUCAUCAAUGAAACUCUAUGCCUGUACAAUAUUACACAGACAGAUUCAAUCUUGGCUAUCUAUGCUGCUGAUAUAGGCAGUCCUCUCUGGCGACACGGGCCACCGGAGAAGCCGGUGCUCUGCAAUGCGUGUGGGACGAGAUGGAGGAAAAAGGGUACACUGGACAACUACACACCAGCACCACAAGUGCAGAGGAAACAACCCAAUAAAACGCCCAUCCGCACAACAGUGAAGAAAGAACCAUCUUCUCAUCACAACUCCUUGAAGACAGGGGAUGCUGCUUACACAAGCAACAGUCCAUCUGGUUUCGGAUUGGCGCUAUCGUAUUCAGGUUCGGCGCAAUCACAUGCCCGGGAGCCACUGGUACCAUCAAGAAAAAAGAGUUGCAUCGGUCGUCGUAAGCCGUCAACGGUGGAAGCGCUUGCAGAGGAUCUCAACUCCAUAAUGCAUGAAGAGCAGUUAUGCCCUGGUUCAGCGGUUCGUACCAUUCCAGGAUCCUCAGACCAAGACCUACUGAUUUAUCAUGUCGACACUCCCGCUAGCUGCUUUGAGAUUGGUUAUGGAAGCAUGCUUCUUAGACAUCCAAACUCAGGAUCAGAAGCAAAUUCUGUUCCUGCACAUAGCAAGUCAUAUGUGACAAGUCAGUCCUAUUCGGGGCCUGCCUCAUUUACUCUGCAUAGUGGAAGCAACGGAGCGAGCAACUCAAAUGCCGCAUCUGAGAAGCUAAUGUGGUCACAUGAGAGUGCUAGGAGGUAUGAACUUCAUUGUUCGAAGCAGCAUAUCCUGGAGAGCAAUGAAGUAGGAGGAAGAGGAAACGCCGGUGGCGCUUACAGAGGCCUUACCAAGUCCACUAUGAAGUCUCUCAGACGACUUUAUGAAAGCCAGCCUCAAAACUUCACAGAUGCAGAAGUGAGAGGAGGAAGCCUUCUUCUAUAUCUGGGGCUAUGGCUUCUUCUCAGUUGAGAAUGCCGAAAUCUGGCAAUGCCACCGGAGGAGGAGCAGCAGCAGCACUUAACCGGUGCAUGUUACCCCCAGGCGAGUUAUCAUCCAUGCUGGCCCCUCCUGAAAAGGAUGGUGAUCAAGGCUCGCUGCUGCUGGAGGUUCCUCGCAAUGCGCUGCACCCGGAGGCAGAGCUUCUUCUCAGCUGCCCCACAUCAUACCGAUAACCGGUGGGUGGGCAUCCGCCAACUCGGUGAAUUUUGUUUCGUUUUGUGUAGCAUAUAUAUGGCUGGAGAAAUGGCAACUUGUAUUAUAGCUCUGCUGUAUGUAUGGGGAAUGGAUGAAGUACUAGUCUGCAAUGCAAUACAAGUACUUGCUGGACAGGUUUUCCUCUCAAGUUUAAUUAGUUAAAUUAUUAAGUAUAUUAAUAAAGUGGUGCUUAAUCUUGAA